UUCCGUGAAACCUUUCUCCACCACUUAGUGUCCAUUUCCAAGCCCAGCGCGUGCUCCCCGGCCCCAUCCAUGCUCUGCCUUUUUGCCUUCAUCCUCAUCACCAUCUGACCCAGGGGAUAGUUUUAAUUGUAUCUCUCACUAGGAUGCAAGCUCCAUGAGACAUACAUUUUUGUCUGUGUUAUUCAUUGCUGUAGUUCCAGUUCCCAGAACAGUUUUGGCACAUAGCAUGUGCUCAUUAAUUAUGUGUUGGUUAAAUGAAGGAAGCCUUAUGAUGGAAGGAACAUGCCACUCCUCUUCCAGUGUCCCCGUCAGUGGCCAGGGCAGAGCAGGGAUUCAGCUGCUCUUAUGGGAGCAGGAGGGCCUUGCAAGACCAUCUGUCUCAGUGCUGUCAUUUUCAGGACAGGGACGGUGGUCCCCAGGAAGGGGAAAGAGAGUCCAGUCUAGUUUGGUUGAUUCCCCGUGGGAGGCCGAGGGCGCAAACAGACAGCUGCAGCGCCUGGCAUCUAUGCCACACAGACAGGUUUUCUGAAUCAGGAGGGAAUGUUCUUUCCUUUUGAACUCUUGGGAUAUUCCCGUUUUGAUUUGGCUCUAGCAGUGAUGACACUGAAUUGUGCAAAGCCUGGGAACAGUGAGGGCAUUAGGACCAGGAGCGAGGCGCAUGCUUGGCUCCGGGUGGUGUCUGGCAGAGGGCUCUCGGCUGAGUGGAGCUAUGUGUGAAAGGAAACCAGGCACUGCCUGCCGGCUUUACAUCUGUUGAUCUGACCUGACUGGAAGUGUCCAAAGAGGGACGGCUGUCAGCCCUGCUUGACUGAGAACCCACCAGCUCAUCCCAGACACCUCAUAGCAACCUAUUUGUUCAAAGGGGGAAAGAAACACCUGAGCAGAAUCAUUAUUUUUUUUCCCAAGGAGAAAACCAGGGUAAAGGGAGGGCAGCAAUUCAGUUUGAAGUCCCUGUGAAUGGGCUUUCUUUCAGAAGGCAAUUAAAGAAAUCCACUCAGAGAGGACUUGGGGUGAAUCUUGGGUCCUGUGGUUUUCUGAUUGUAAGUGGAAGCAGGUCUUACACACGCUGUUGGCAAAUGUCAGGAGCAGGUUAAGUGGCAAAAAAACUUCCAGAUGGAAGGAGCAACCCAGGUUCUGCUGCAAGCCUGAAGGAGCCUGGAGCGGAGAAAGCGAACUUGAACAUGACCUGUUGCAUUUGGCAAGUUCCAGCAACAUGCUCCUAAGGAAGCGAUACAGGAACAGACCAUGCAGACUCCAGUUCCUCCUGCUGCUCCUGUUGCUGGGAUGCGUCCUGCUGAUGGUGGCGAUGUUGCACCCUCCCCCGCACACCCUGCACCAGACGGUCACAGCCCAAGCCAGCAAGCACAGCCCUGAAGCCAGAUACCGCCUGGACUUUGGGGAACCCCAGGAUUGGGUACUGGAGGCUGAGGAUGAGGGCGAGGAGUACAGCCCUCUGGAGGGCCUGCCACCCUUUAUCUCACUGCGAGAGGAUCAGCUGCUGGUGGCUGUGGCCUUACCCAGGGCCAGAAGGAACCAGAGCCAGGGCAGGAGAAGUGUCAGCUACCGGCUCAUCAAGCAGCCAAGCAGGAGGCGGGAUGAGGAAGCCACAAAGAGGGACUGGGGGGCCGAGGAGGAGAAUGGGGAGGCAUCUGAAGAAGAGGAGCUGACCCCGUUCAGCCUGGACCCACGUGGCCUCCACGAGGCACUCAGUGCCCGCAUCCCCCUCCAGAGGACUCUGCCCGAGGCGCGGCACCCACUGUGUCUGCAGCAGCACCCUGAGGACAGCCUGCCCACGGCCAGCGUCAUCCUCUGUUUCCAUGAUGAGGCCUGGUCCACCCUCCUAAGGACUGUGCACAGCAUCCUCGACACAGUGCCCAGGGCCUUCCUGAAGGAGAUCAUCCUCGUGGACGACCUCAGCCAGCAAGGACAACUCAAGUCUGCUCUCAGCGAAUACGUGGCCAGGCUGGAGGGGGUGAAGUUACUCAGGAGCAACAAGAGGCUGGGCGCCAUCAGGGCCCGGAUGCUUGGGGCCACCAGGGCCACGGGGGAUGUGCUGGUCUUCAUGGAUGCCCACUGUGAGUGCCACCCAGGAUGGCUGGAGCCCCUCCUCAGCAGAAUAGCUGGUGACAGGAGCCGGGUGGUAUCUCCGGUGAUAGAUGUGAUUGACUGGAAGACUUUCCAGUAUUACCCCUCGAAGGAGCUGCAGCGUGGGGUGUUGGACUGGAAGCUGGAUUUCUACUGGGAGCCUUUGCCGGAGCAUGUGAGCGAGGCCCUCCAGUCCCCCACAAGCCCCAUCAGGAGCCCUGUGGUGCCUGGAGAGGUGGUGGCCAUCGACAGACAUUACUUCCAAAACACUGGAGCGUAUGACCCUCUCAUGUCGCUGCGGGGUGGUGAAAACCUCGAACUGUCUUUCAAGGCCUGGCUCUGUGGUGGCUCCGUUGAAAUCCUUCCCUGCUCUCGGGUGGGGCACAUCUACCGAAAUCAGGAUGCCCACUCCCCACUCGACCAGGAGGCCACCCUGAGGAACAAGGUUCGCAUUGCUGAGACCUGGUUGGGGUCAUUCAAAGAAACCUUCUACAGACACAGCCCAGAGGCCUUCUCCUUGAGCAAGGCUGAGAAACCAGACUGCAUGGAACGCUUGCAGCUGCAAAGGAGACUGGGUUGUCGGACAUUCCACUGGUUUCUGGCUAACAUCUACCCUGAGCUGUACCCAUCUGAACCCAGGCCCAGAUUCUCUGGAAAGCUCCACAACACUGGACUUGGGUUCUGUGCAGACUGCCAGGCAGAAGGGGACAUCCUGGGCUGUCCCAUGAUGUUGGCUCCUUGCAAUGACAGUCGGCAGCAACAGUACCUGCAGCACACCAGCAGGAAGGAGAUCCACUUUGGCAGCCCACAGCACCUGUGCUUCGCUGUCAGGCAGGAGCAGGUAAUUCUUCAGAACUGCACGGAGGAAGGCCUGACCAUCCACCAGCAGCACUGGGACUUCCAGGAGAAUGGGAUGAUUGUCCACAUUCUUUCUGGGAAAUGCAUGGAAGCUGUGGUGCAAGAAAACAAUAAAGACUUGUACUUGCGUCAGUGUGAUGGGAAAGCCCGCCAGCAGUGGCGAUUUGACCAAGUCUAUGCUGUGGAUGAACGAUGAAUGUCAAUGUCAGAGGGAAUAGAGAAUUUUGGCCAUCACAGUUCAUCUCCAAGUGAACUUAAAGAGCUUAUGUAUUUCAUGAAGCUGGCCCUUUUGUGUUUGUGCUCCUGGUAUUAGGAGAGAAAAAAGCUCCAUGAAAGAAUAUAGGAAGUUUCUCCUUUUCACACUUUAUUUCAUUGACUGCUGGCUGCUUUUUUUUUUUUUUAAAGGAUCCAUUUUAUCAUUGUCUUCAUCACUGGGAAAUGAUUAUUACAUAGUAUAAAAGAUUGGUUGUUUUUCUCCACUGAGCACUUAACAAUUGCUUUCUCUCUGGCCUGGACAUUCUCUGGCAGCACCUCCAGGAUAUAUAAAUCCAAUGGAUCAAUUUAUUUGUCUUCAAAUGGCCUUAACUUGGUUUGUCUGUUUGGCCAACCAUGAAAAUUAAGGAGUGACGUGGAUAUAAUGGCCUGACAUUCCAAAAGCUCUGCAUUGGGUUUAUGAGCACAAAUGUUGUGUGCAUUUGUUGAGCCAUAUCUCAGAAGAAGAAAGGAAGCUGCAGAGCGGAAGUUUACGUUUGGAGAGAAGAUGCAGGAGCACUUUGGCCCAAUUCUCCAGCUCAACCCAGCAGCUGAAAAGAGUCAGAGACCUUGGAAAAGACAUUUUCAUGUUAAUGAGAAUUUCCCCCACUAUGGAGAAUUUCCUUCCUAAUGAGAAUCUACCUCCAUUC